AUUUUAUUUUUUCUCCGCCAUGGUUCUCAUCAAUAGAAAGCACUUCAUUUCCCAAGAAACAGAGUUUUACUCAACCAUGGAAUCGAUGAAGGCUCUAAAAGCAAUCCUUUUUUCCUUCACCACAUUGUUGGUGGCAACUGUUGAUGCCAUCUCGCCCCAUCAAUUCUAUGACUGGACUGUUUCAUACUCCCGACGAGCCCCUCUGGGCGUUGAUAAGCAGGUGAUAGUGAUAAACGACAUGUUUCCAGGGCCACUUCUAAAUGCAUCCACAGAUGAUGUUCUCACCAUUCAUAUUCAUAACAACUUGACAGAUCCCUUUCUCUUGACAUGGAAUGGGAUUCAGAUGAGGAAGAAUUCAUGGCAAGAUGGGGUGCAAGGGACCAACUGUCCCAUAAUGCCUGGACAAAACUGGACAUACAGAUUCCAGGUUAAGGAUCAGAUUGGGAGCUUCUUUUAUUUCCCUUCACUUCUGCUGCAAAAGGCAGCUGGGGGUUAUGGUGCCAUUCGUGUGAAUAAUCGAGUUGCCAUCCCCAUUCCAUUUCCUCAGCCCUAUAAAGAGUAUGAUGUCUUGAUUGGAGAUUGGUACAAUGCAGAAUAUAGAGACUUGAGGGCUUUACUUGAUGAAGGGAUCACCCUUCCCAUGCUAGAUGGAAUUCUUAUCAAUGGGAUGGGACCUAAUCAGGCAACUUUUGAUUUUGAACCAGGGGCUACAUACAGGCUAAGGAUUUCAAAUGUGGGGUUGAAAACGUGUUUGAAUUUCAGGAUUCAGGAUCACCUAAUGCUUUUGGUUGAAACUGAAGGUUCUUAUACCAUUCAACAAUACUACAAGAGUCUGGAUAUUCAUGUUGGACAAUCCUACUCCGUUCUGGUCACAGCCAAGAACCAAGCUGAUGCGAAACGCUACUACAUGGUUGCUAGUUCUCGUUUCACUCCUUACGAACUCUAUGGCACUGGUAUUAUUCGGUAUCCUUGUUCUAAAGGAGAUCCAUCUAUUCUUCUUCCUUCUGGACCACUUCCUUUUGAUUAUGCCUACUCUAUGGACCAGGCUCGUUCCAUAAGGUGGGACAUAGCAGUAGCAGCUGCAAGGCCAAAUCCCCAAGGUUCCUAUCACUAUGGCAGCAUCAACAUAUCUCGGACACUCAUACUAGAGAAUGAUGUGAUGUACUCCAGACACAAGACUAGGUUCACAACAAAUGGAAUCUCAUUUGUGCAUUCAGAUACUCCAUUAAAAUUGGCUGACUAUUUCCAAAUCAAAGACGUAUACAAGUUGAAUGUGAUUCCAGACAAGCCAAAUCACAGAUUUCCAUCAUGUGGCACAGCUGUUGUCAAUACCCUUUACAGAGAUUUCUACCACAUCGUCUUCCAAAAUCCUAAGGGUGAUGUACAAACAUGGCAUCUUGAUGGCUACAACUUUUUUGUUGUUGGCAUGGAGUGGGGGAAAUGGGAUGAGGGGAAAAUGGCUGAUUAUAACAUGAAUGAUGCUGUUUCUCGUUCCACAGUUCAGGUAUAUCCAUUCUCAUGGACAGCAAUUUUGGUGAGUCUAGACAAUCAAGGGAUGUGGAACCUAAGAUCACAGGAUGCUGAAAAAUGGUACCUCGGACAAGAACUUUACCUCAGAGUCAUUGGAGUUGGGGAGGAGGAUCCAUCGAGAAUCCCCAGGAGGGAUGAAUAUCCAAUUCCAAAGAACGUUUUCCGCACGAUCCCACAUCAGCUGAGGAGAGAUUUAUGGGAUGACGUGCGUGAUUUAAAGGACUUGAGGGAGCCUGUAAUGGGUAUGAUCCUUCAGGCAGUAACGGGGAAAUGAGGAGUGGUCAAAUCUCGCUAGGGUUGCGAGAGGGGUGUCCGCCCCACCGCCUGGUUACGACAAACUGGGCAUCCUCCAUCUUUACCAUCUGAUCCCUAUCUUGAAGGAAAAAACUACCGUUAAUUAUAGUCUUUACAAUUUCAUUCAUUAAUCUCUAAGCUGCAUAAUUUAUCAGAUGAGGGUAAAAUGGCUGGGUGAAAUGGCUGAUUAAAAGCCAGAGAUGGGG